AUGGAUGUAGACAAUCGAACAAUCAAGGAACUUUCAGCCUCUGAAUUGGACAAUGCAGUCCCUCUUUGCAUUCAAUACCCUAGGGCAGCUGCAGGCAAGACCGAUGAGUUUGAAUUGAAGUCGAGUUUGCUACAUCACAUUCCCAAAUACCAUGGGCUGUCCAUGGAAGAUCCAAACAAGCAUUUGAAGGAAUUUGAAGUAGUAUGUUCAAGUAUGACACCCAUUAACGUGGAUGGGAAUAUUUUGAAGAUGAAAGCCUUCCCAUUCUCUCUUAUGGACAAGGCUAAAGAUUGGCUCUAUGAACUAGCACCUGGAACCGUUACUUCUUGGGAAAGUAUUAAGAAAGCAUUCUUAGAGAAAUUCUUCCCAACUUCAAGAGUCAUUCUUUUGAGGAAGAAAAUUAGUGGAAUUCAACAAGGCCCGAGAGAAUCCUUUCCAGGGUACUAUGAGCGUUUUAAGACGUUAGUUGCAUCCUGCCCACAACAUCAAAUGAAGGAAGAGCUUUUAAUUCAAUAUUUCUAUGAAGGACUACUUCCACUGGAGAGACAAAUGCUUGAUGCUUCAGCGGGAGGUGCUUUGGUUGACAAAACACCAGUUGCUGCGAAGAUCUUAAUAGCAAACCGAGCUUUGAAUGCACAACAAUACGAAGGAGUUGGAGGGAGAGAUCAUACACGGCCAAGUCCAGUUAAUGAGGUAAGUGCUAUUUCGGAACUUCAAUCUCAAAUGGCUAAUCUCUCUACUCUUAUUUCGCAGGUUGUUGAAGGAUCCAAAGUGAAAAGUACAGCCACUUGUAGCGUGUGCUCUAUGCAUGGACACCCCACUGAUCAUUGUCCUCAAUUAAUAGAGAAUGGGGGAUGGGAAAGUGCCAAUGUCGUAGGUUAUCAAGGCCAAAAUCAACCUAGGUAUGACCCGUUUUCAAACACCUACAAUCCGGGCUGGAGAGAUCAUCCAAAUUUGAAGUGGAGGGAGCCUCAACAACAACAACAAGGUGGAUAUAGACAGCCACCUCCAGGGCUCUAUCAAAGGCCGUUCGCACCACCACAGCCUCAACCACAAACUGCCCAAUCAAAUUCAGGUUCGCCAUUGGAUAAUGAUCAAAUGCUUAAAGUACUAACUUCUUUGACUCAGGGUUUACAAAAUCAAGCCAAAGAGAUGAGCGAAGUGAAGAAGCAAAUUGGGCAGAUGGCUGAGUUCAUGGGACAGUUUAGAGAAGAAGGCAAACUACCUAGCUCAACCAUUGUCAAUCCAAAAGGAGGUUUCGAAAUAGCUAAAGCUAUCAUCUUGAGGAGUGGUAAAGAGAUUGGAACCAAUCCCAAAAUUUCCAAACAAAGCUCAAAAGAGAACGAAAAGCUGCUGCUCAAAGAGAAGCUCCCUUGCUGCAGUCCCCCAAAGCUCCUACACAACCAAACUCAGAAAGAAGAGAAUGAAAAGGACAUCUUAGAGACUUUCAGGAAGGUACAAGUCAAUAUCCCACUUCUUGACGCAAUAAAGCAAGUUCCAAGAUAUGCUAAAUUCUUGAAAGAGCUUUGUACAACAAGGAGGAGGAUUUCAAACAAAGAAGUGGUAAGGGUAAAUGAAAAUGUUUCCGCAGUUUUGCAACGAAAACUGCCACCUAAAUGCAAAGAUCCAGGUAGUUUCACAAUCCCUUGUGUUAUUGGUAACACCAAGUUUGAACAUGCCAUGUUAGAUUUAGGUGCUUCCAUUAAUGUCAUGCCAUACUCUACUUAUGCAUCUAUGAACUUAGGAGAGCUUAAAAAUGGUGGCGUUAUAAUUCAAUUAGCCGAUCGUUCUAAUGCAUAUCCGAAAGGAGUUUUGGAAGAUGUUUUGGUGCAGGUUAACCACUUGAUAUUUCCAGCAGAUUUUUAUGUGCUUGAGAUGGAGGAUUUGGCCCAUUCUACACCAUUGCCAAUCUUACUUGGACGACCUUUCAUGAAAACAGCCCGAACCAAGAUCGAUGUGUUCAAGGGGACGUUGACAAUGGAAUUUGAUGGCAAUAUCAUUGAUUUCUAUAUUUUUGAAGCUAUAAGGUAUCCUGUUGAUGAUCACUUGUGUUUCUCUAUUGAUGCAUUUGAUUCUUUGGCGCAGGAAUAUCUCGAAUACCUAGAUAGGGAUGCCCUUGAAACCACCAUUGUUCAAGGAAUUGAACUCAUCAAAAUGGGGCCGAACCUAAUCAUGAAGAAAUUGGCGAGAUGGUGGCUGCCCUUGAGUCACUGCCACAAUAUGUUGGCACCCACUCUCGAGCUUAAACUGUUACCAAAUCAUUUGAAGUAUGUCUUCUUGGGAGAUAAAGAGACUUUGCCCGUCAUAGUCUCUUCAUCACUCAUGGCAAUGGAGGAGGAAAAACUAGUUCGGGUUUUGCAAGAGUACAAAACGGCCAUUGGAUGGACUUUAGCCGACAUCAAGGGACUUAGUCCUACAACAUGCAUGCAUCACAUACUUCUAGAGGAGGGGGCUAAACCAACUCGAGAGGCUCAACGCCGACUCAACCCUCCAAUGAUGGAAGUUGUGAAAAAGGUGAUCAUUAAGCUUCUCGAUUGUGGGGUCAUUUACCCAAUUUCGGAUAGUCGUUGGGUUUCACCGGUUCAAGUUGUACCAAAGAAAUCAGGAGUCACUGGGGUAAAAAAUGAAGAGAAUGAACUUGUCCCCACUCGUAUCCAAAUAGGUUGGAGAGUUUGCAUUGAUUAUAGGAAGCUCAACGCCACAACAAGGAAAGAUCACUUCCCUUUGCCGUUCAUUGAUCAAAUGCUUGAAAGGUUAGCCGGUCAUUCUUUUAUUGCUUUCUUGAUGGCUAUCUAG